AUGCCCUCUGCCCCUGCAGAUUCACAUGAAUCCUCUGGCGUUAUCAAGUUCACCAACUGCUUGCUGGUUAGAGGCAAUGCUCUCGUCGAUGAAGACCUUUGGGUCAGCUCUACGAGCGGGAAGAUCAUAAAUGGGCAAGAGCUGCUCUACGAACAUCGAACUGCACCAGACGAGAUUGUCGACCUGGGUGGCCGUAUCCUUUGCCCAGGCCUGAUAGAUACACAGCUCAACGGAGCAUAUGGCUUUGACUUCUCCGUCAUACCAGACGAGGGAACAGUGGCGUACGGAAAGGGAGUACUUCAAGUCAACCGAAGACUGGUAUCGACGGGUGUCACAUCAUACCUACCAACACUGACUUCACAACCAUCCGAGAUUUACCAAACGGCUCUACCGUUCCUGGGUCCAUCCGGUGCUGCCCGCGAUGCAUCCCUUGGCUCAGAAUCGCUCGGCGCCCACUGCGAAGGGCCCUUUCUUAAUCCCACGAAAAACGGCAUCCACAACGCAUCGCUCCUCUGUGAGCCUGAGAACGGCGUCUCUGACAUGGAGACAUGCUAUGGCGCUAGUCAUUUGCAAUCGUUAUCAUCUGUCAAGCUUAUAACGCUUGCGCCAGAACUUCGAGGCGCCCUGGCGUGCGUACAGCCACUGGCGGAGCGUGGUAUUGUCGUGUCUAUUGGGCAUUCGGAAGCGACAUACGAAGAAGCAAAGGCGGGCAUCAGGGCGGGCGCAAGCAUGAUAACACACUUGUUCAACGCCAUGCAGCCCUUACACCACAGGAACCCGGGUAUCUUCGGUCUUCUGGGCACGCCAUCUUCUUCUAUACAGAAGCCGUACUUUGGCAUCAUCGCGGACGGCAUCCAUCUCCACCCCACGUCUAUCAAGAUUGCGUGGAACGCACAUCCCGAAGGCCUCAUACUCGUCACUGAUGCUAUGCGGCUAGCGGGCAUGCCGGACGGGACAUAUGACUGGACAAACGGAUCGCGUAUCAUCAAACAAGGGUCUAUGCUCACGCUCGAGGAGAACGGAAAGAUUGCGGGAAGCAGCAUCCAACUCAUAGACUGCAUUACGAACUUCAUCAACUGGACAGGGGCCAGUGUACCAGAGGCACUAAAAGCUGUCACCGAGACACCAGCAAGGAUGUUGGGCGUGCAGGAUGUGAAAGGAACGCUUAACGAAGGUGCGGAUGCGGAUCUAGUAGUGCUGGAUCUUCAAGAAGGCGUUGGUACGGACAAGAAGUUUGCUGUGGAGCAAGUCUGGAAGUUUGGUAAGAAGGUUUUCGAUAAAGCGGGGCGCAGCUAA